AGCUACCAUACGUAAAUACUCGCCAUUUUUGUUUUUGUCUCCAUGGCAAAGAGUAUUGUGCCUGCAAUAUUAUCGUUUGGAAACCAACAAUAGCUGUUAAUGACCUCUCAACUGCCAAGAUCCAGUGCAUUAUAGAGCUACUCCAAGGCGAAUAUUUUAAGACAUACAUCUGUCAACGUACAAUGCUGCUGCGUCAAUCUCAGCACAUCUCCAGGGGCCUCCUCUCCGGCACCGUUCAAUUUCGUUUAGCAUCACCUCUACCUCAUCUACCUCAUCUUCGAGCAACAUCAACUUCGACCAAGCCAAAUUCCUCAUUACCUUCUACAAUUGCAUCACCAAAGUCAACCCUACUCCAGCGCCAUUUCCCUGCACUUGCUCAACUCUCUCAGAGCACCAACGUGUCUCUUCCUUCACUUGCCCUCUCGUUUCUCGUGCUCCAUGAAAUCACGGCCAUUGUACCCGCCGUCGCUUUCUACUAUUUUUUUGCCUAUCUUGGAGCCGGAGCGGGUUUGGUGACUUGGGUAACGAGACUCGGGCAUGAUGAGAGCAGCAAGGACAGUGAGUCGGAAGCUGGAUGGAAACACUGGGUUAGAGAUUGGUACCAAGAAGGCAUCAAGCGGGUGGAUAGGAUUGGGAAAAAGUAUGGGGUCCUGGGAUAUGAGAAGCAAAAUGCAGGAGAAGAUGGAGCUGCUGGACCCAUGCAGGAUUUAACGGCCAGGACAACAGGAGCCGGAGCGGCUGAAAAGGUAGCGGAUGCAGUCGCAGCUUAUGUACUAGUUAAAGCUUUGUUACCUGUCAGAAUAGCGGUGUCCAUCGCCGGCGCACCCGCUUGUGCACGAUUUGUGCUUCUUCCUCUACGCAAACUAUCUCGGCAAAGAUGAUCUCAGUGCAUAUGUAUUCGCCUGAUACGGUACGGUGUCGCAUGUGAUAGCCUGCUAUAUUCUUUCAGAAUACUAUCUUCCAGCUCCCAGCUUUUAUCUCGUCACGAUCAAGUUUUAUGAACCCACACUCUUCCUGCGACGAAACGUGCUCCUCAGUUUCUUCCUCUUUUUCUUCUUUCGGUGAAUCCACUUUUUCAAUCAGGAUUCCCUCUGUUGUCACAGAAAUGACCUUGACGAGGUUUAAUUGCAAUUGAGGAGAAUGAGUAUGCAAGUCCAGCACAAGCUCCUA